CAACACCGGCCUGAAUUUGCUACUAAACCCAGGUCUUUUCAUCAGUUACUAUUUCAUAUUGGGUAUUCAACUUGGAUUAUUUCUCUUGGCUAUAAAUAUACCUAUCCAAAGGCAUUCAUAUAUAUGGCUACUACCGCCGCGGAGCUUGUUUUCUCGCCACAAGCAAACCACAAUUUCUCACGCAUUCUCAACGACCUAAAACGGUCGAACCUCUCCAUCACCAAUCGCCUGCGCUCCAUACGGGAAGAUGCAGAUUUCGUAUCCGAGGUAGCCACUGCAUUCUCCCGUCCGCUAAUCGCCAAUGAGCGAUGCGGGAGCUGGUACAUCUCCCCUGAGACAAAGGCCGGGUCCGCUUAUUUUAAGAGUACGGACGGCCAUACCGGACAAUGGAGAUUCAGCACGCGACGGCUGAACCUCCAACUAUUAAGCAUAAUUGGGAGUAACGAUGGCUGCAUCAUAGUGGAUUCGACUAGGAGAGGCAAACGAAUGCCCGAUGCUCUAAGCAAGACCGUACCGAUUUGGUGCUGCGUCCUGAACCGUGUUCUAUUCCCCGACACUCCGGCGUUCCACGAGCUUCACACGCCUCCUAAUGCUGUCUCGGAGUCUGAACACGCCCAGAUCGAUUCCAGGAUCCCCGAGCAUGUGGAUUCUCUCAGGGCACUCGACAUCAAUUUAGAUGUCUUACGCCAACAGGUGAAGAAGCCUCUUAGGCCUAUAUGGGUAACACAAGAUUCCCAGCUGGUACCAACAGAUGAGAUAUUUGACGAAUUUCACCCUGUAAUCUGCUGUACUAGCUCCCGCAGAGUCGCUGGCGGGGAGAUGAGCGAGGGCGGGUACAUCCAGGGCGCCGGUGACGACACCGAGAACUGGGCGCUGGGCUUGACCCCGCCUGUUUUCUGGCGCCACGCAGAUAUCCUGCUAUCAACUCCGGAACCUGAUUUAUCUGAUUUGGUGCGCUCAUUAGUAUCCGAUGAAACCGUGAAUAUGAGCACAACAAGUCCCAGAAAAAUUGCGCCAUGUCUAUCCGUCAGCUGCUUGCCGCUUGGCGCAUCACCGCCAUCGACUUGCGUCGUUGCUAUUUAUUCCAAGACCACGGAUCCAAGUUCAUGGGUUAAAAGCCCAUUGCUUAUGGAAGUUGGCGUGGGUAAACACAAACUUGCCAGUCGCAAUCUUCGCAUGGCUCUUCCAGCUAUUGGCGACUUUGUACGCCAGUUUCUAGAGCGAACAUCAGAUUUAGAUGCUUCGGAAGACUCAGAUUCGAGUUCUCCUGAGCCGAGACAAAUUUUAAUCGCCUGCGAAACUGGUAAAGAUAUCUCGAUCGGGGUGGCUCUUGCGCUCCUUUGCCAACAUUUUGACAGUGAAGGUAAAGUUAGACCACAGCCAUCCCCAUCCGGCCAUACGAAGAGUGAUAUUAGGGUGAAGCUUAGUCGCAUCAUGACAAACUUUCCCGAGGCGAACCCAAGCAGAACAACUUUGCAAAGUGUUAAUAGCUACCUAAUGGGCUAGAAGCCCGGGUCGCUAUCAACGCAUUGUAUCGAUGUAUUUUAGGGUCUUCUGGUCGUUUGGCCCGAAUACAUUGUUUUAUGCAAGUUUGUCAGAUGCUUCUCCAGGCAAUCCGAAUUGUCUCUAAUCUCAUGUCGAUCUUUGUUAUCGCUAUGGACCUUCGAAAUUUACCGAAGCGAGUAAUUGGGUCUAAUCAGGUAAUUUGAAGAUCCCCAAAGAUCUGACCUUGUGAAAAUCUCAACACAAGCUGGCUUUGUCUUGGGGAUCAACGGCCACGUGCAUUGGCGUACCAAUCGA